AUGGCUCGCCACGGGGAUACUCGCUCACCAUCACCUGUAGGCAGCACAUACUCUUCAUCCCGACGCCGCAGAGACGAUGAUCGUUAUGAUCGAAGCAGGCGGGAUGAUGGGCGCGGCUAUCGCCGAUCUCGCAGCCCCGAGGUACGUUUGACGCAUUGCCAACUCAUUCUCCCUGUGAAAAAUGCUCAUAUUCGCCAUACUCAGCGUCGAUACCGCGGUAGUCGUGGAAACCCUCGUGACAGAGAUGGAUACCGUCGGCGAUCCCCAGACCGGCGGGAUGAAGACACUUACCGACCACCUCGGAGGGACCAACCAGUAGACCGCCGUCGUUCCCGAGACAGAGAUGACGAACGUGAUUUUCGACGUGACAGACAUACCCGGCCUAGGCGAGAUGACUCCCGUGAUCGCGACCGCAGACGGACAGAUGAUGCUGCUGAUGUGAGACCUAAGUCUAGACGGGAUAACAGCCGGGCUUCGAACCAACGGUCAAUCUCCAAAGCUCGAGAGGUAAGCCACCCAGACAAUGCUCUCUGUGAGAUAAUUGAUACUAAUGGUAUUCCUCAGCAAUCAAAACAAUCCACACCUGUCCCGGCCGCCCAGACCGACGAAGAGAAGAAAGCAGAGAGACUCGCCAAACUUGCGGCCUGGAAGCAGAAGCAAGCGGCUGAGCGUGAAAAGAAACAACAGGAGCAAGUGGCAGGCGAUCCCAAAGCCAUAUUAGAUGCGAUUGACCGCAAAUCAACUCUUUCCUCAGCUGUCGGCUCACCGCAGACUCCCGCAACUCCUGCCGAGUCUGAAGCUCCACCUUCAUACCCCGGCAAGUUUAAUCCGAAGGCAAUUGCCAAAUCCUCCACAACCGCUGCUGCUACUGCCGCUCCAGCCGUCCUCGGGACCGAUGUCACUCUCCCGGCAUCUGUAACAGCUCCCCCCGCAAAAGGCCUCACAGCAACUGCCGCUCCGCCUGCCAAGUUACCCGGCCCUCUCAAGGCCAAAGGCAAUGUCAGUGGCUUUGGGUUAGGUGCCAGACCGGUCUCCGAAGCAGAAAAGCAGUCUGCACCCAAAACCUUGGGCUUCGGUGACGAAGAGUCCACUCGCAAAAAGUUGGAACGACUGCCAACACCCCCGCUUGAAGAUGGGAAGGAUUCUAGCGCACAGGCCGACGAUGCUGGUGAGGAUGAUGAUGUAGACAUGCAGGACGAACAGACAGAGGAAAACGUCGCUGCGGUAGCUCGCGCGGCAGCUGAACGACGAGACGAGCGGCUGCAAAACCAAGAAAACGGAGAUGUCCUGAUGGAGGAAGCAACCAACGGUCAGGAUGGUUCUACCCCCAUGGAGGUUGAUGAAGCUGAAGAAAUUGACCCUCUCGACGCGUUCAUGUCUGAAUUGCAAGGAGCCCUGCCACCAAGAAAGACACCCGUGGCUUCGUUUGCUAAGAAGAAGCCUGAUCAGCAACCCGAGGCUUUGUUCGGCGACGAGGAUGACAUCGAAUUCAGCGCUGUGGGUGAUGAGAACGCGGGGGACGUCCUUGCCAUGGCGGCCAACAAGAAAAAAAAGAGAGAAAUCCCCGUUGUUGACCACACCAAGACCGAGUAUGAGCCGUUCCGGAAGCAGUUCUACACCGAACCUUCCAAUCUUGCCGAUAUGACAGCGGAGGAGGUCGCAAACCUGCGCCUUGAACUGGACGGGAUCAAGAUCCGAGGUUCUAACGUCCCCAAGCCUAUUCAAAAAUGGUCACAGUGCGGCCUGGGCGUGCAAACACUCGAUGUGAUCCAGAAGCUCGGCUAUGAAAAGCUGACAUCUAUUCAAGCUCAAGCAAUUCCCACGAUCAUGUCUGGUCGCGAUGUCAUCGGCGUCGCAAAGACUGGUUCCGGAAAGACUGCAGCCUUCUUGAUCCCUAUGUUCCGACACAUCAAAGAUCAGCGGCCCAUUACUAGUACAGAAGGUCCUAUCGGUUUGGUGAUCUCACCUACCCGUGAAUUGGCCACUCAAAUCCACAAAGACUGUAAGCCUUUUCUGAAGGCUUUGGGUUUGCGCGCUGUCUGCGCAUAUGGAGGCGCCCCCAUCAAGGAUCAGAUUGCCGACUUGAAACGAGGAGCCGAAAUUGUUGUUUGUACCGCUGGUCGUAUCAUUGAUCUGCUUGCCGCAAAUGGAGGACGAGUUCUCAACCUCCGCCGUGUGACAUACGUCGUCAUUGAUGAGGCCGAUCGCAUGUUUGAUAUGGGCUUUGAACCUCAAGUCGUGAAGAUCAUGGCCAAUAUUCGACCCGACCGUCAGACUGUGCUCUUCUCCGCCACUUUCCCCAAGAACAUGGAAUCUUUGGCCCGCAAAACAUUGCACAAUCCCGUUGAGAUCACGAUCGGAGGCCGAAGUGUCGUUGCACCGGAGAUCACUCAAAUCGUCGAAGUUCGCAACAAUGAUCAGAAGUUUGUCCGCCUGUUGGAGCUGCUGGGAAAUCUGUAUUCGGACGACGCGCAUGAAGAUGAUCGCUCAUUGAUCUUCGUGGAUCGCCAAGAGGCUGCUGAUGAUUUGCUCAAGGAAUUGAUGCGAAAAGGCUACCCAUGCAUGUCAAUUCAUGGUGGUAAAGACCAGGUCGACCGUGACUCUACCAUCCAGGAUUUCAAGGCGGGUAUUUUCCCCGUUCUGGUCGCUACAUCUGUGGCUGCUCGUGGAUUAGAUGUCAAGCAGCUCAAGCUUGUUGUCAACUAUGACGCACCUAACCAUUUGGAAGAUUAUGUUCAUCGUGCCGGCCGUACUGGUCGUGCCGGAAACACCGGAACCGCAGUCACAUUCUUGACCGAGGAACAAGAUCGCUAUGCGGUUGAUAUCGCCAAGGCUCUCCGUCAAAGUGGGCAAGAGGUUCCGGAGCCUGUUCAAAAGUUGGUUGACUCGUUCCAGGAGAAGGUCAAAUCUGGAAAAGAGAAAGCAAUGGGAUCUGGCUUCGGUGGUAAGGGUCUUGACCGGCUUGACGAUAAGCGUGCAACAGAACGAAAGCGUGAGCGAGCAACUUACAAGACUGGGGACGGUGAUGAUGAAGAGGAAGAAGAGAAAGAAGACAACGAGGAGGAAUCUGAAGAGCGCUUCAACAAGGCCUUGUCAUCUGUACAAUCUGCUGCUGCCCCUACCCCCUCUUCCGCUUCUCUUCCUGGUGUACCAAAGGGUAUUGAUUUGGAUGGAAAGAUUACCGUGCAUCGCACUGAGAAAGAUCCAAAUGGCGGCAAGAAUCCGCUCGACAAGGUUGGAUCCGCAGUGGCUGAUAUUCACGCACGCCUCAGCCGUGCGGGUGUCAUGAGAUCCGGUGUACCCAUUGAUAAUCGUGGACCCGAUGCAGGAGCAUUCCAUGCGACAAUGGAAAUCAAUGACUUCCCCCAAAAAGCACGUUGGGCCGUCACUAAUCGUACCAACGUGGCUAAGAUCUUGGAAUCUUCCGGAACAUCCAUCACAACAAAGGGUAACUUCUAUCCAAACGGGAAGGAGCCUGCGGCUGGAGAACUCCCUAAGCUGUACAUCCUGGUCGAGGGUGAAACGGAGAUUUCGGUUACCAACGCUAUGCGCGAACUUAUGCGUCUCUUGAAGGAGGGAACUAUUGCCGCUGCAGACAGUGAGGCGCGCGCGCCUGUUGGUGGCCGCUACAAUGUUGUUUAA